AUGCUCAGGCGAGCUGCAAUUUUACUCUCUGGUCGACAGCGGCCUAACCUUCUGCGACAUUAUUCGACGGCUAAAAUACCGAAGGUAGAAAAGCUAAGCAUUUCAUUAUUGAACGAUGCUCCCAUUAUAGAGACAUCUUCUCUACCGAGUGAAACAAAGCGAAGAACAAAGAAACAUGAUCGCGGUGGUAUGGAAACGAAGAAUUCCCUUCCACCAGCCUUGAAAUACGUUCGUGAUGUUAUGGAUAAGUAUGAAGGUCAUGUGGUUAUUACACAGAUCGGAUCAUUCUAUGAAUUAUACUUUGAGCAUGCAACAAAUUAUGCGCCUAAGUUGAAUAUCACCCUAACGAGCAAAGAAACAACCAAUGGUAGGGUACCGUUUGCCGGGUUUCCAGUUAAUCAGCUGAACAGACAUUUGAAAGUUCUCGUUAAAAAGCAUGGUUUAAGCGUUGCAGUAUGCGAUCAAUUCAAAACGAAAUCAUCAAUAACUAAUGAAGGAAACCUUUUCUCCCGAAGAGUCACUAGAAUAGUUACUCCUGGAACAUUUAUAGAUGAAGCUUGUGAAAAUUUCCAAGAAAAUCAGUUCUUAUUAACGAUAGAUUUUCCCGAGAACGCAUUGAAGAGGUCUGCUGAUCUUAACACACCUGUAGGGCUCUGUUGGUGCGAUAUUUCAACUGGAGAAAUAUUCGUACAGCAGUCUUAUUUAAAGGAUUUAGCCUCUUCAAUCACCAGGAUUAAGCCAAUGGAAAUCUUGCUCGAUGAAGAUUUAUUACAGUUUGAUUUAACUAGCGGUGAAUGGUAUUCAGAAUUGAUUGAACUGAAGAAAUACUUCGUCAAGUACCAAAAGAUGCCUUCAAAACAUAGAACAAUUCAAUCAUUCGAAAAACUAUUUGCUAACAACUAUGAUGAUCUAGGAAUUGUUCUUAGUACAUUUACGCAAAAAGAAAUCGCAGCUUUCAGAAACCUUUUGUUGUACAUUGAAGAACACCUUCCAGAUAUGAACACAAAUUUAGAACUUCCUCAAAAGCAACUUAUUACCGAUAUUAUGCAGAUUGACUCUAGAACAAGUGUAGCAUUAGAGCUUCACUCCACUAUGCGAGAACAUCAUAAGAAGGGAUCUUUGCUUUCUACUAUACGAAGAACAGUUACAACGUCAGGUACAAGACUGUUAACGCAAUGGUUAUCCGCCCCAUCUAUGGAUAUAAAAGAAAUCAAAAAAAGACAAGCAUUAGUUGAAUUCUUCAAAAAUAACAUCUCUUCCACAGAUAUUUUGAUUCGUUAUCUAAAGGAAACAUCUGAUAUGUCUAGAAUACUACAAAGAUUUUCGUUCGGUCGGGGUGACUCGCUUGAAUUGAUCCAGCUCUCCAAAUCCUUACAAAAAUGUAACGAAAUAGCUACAUUUCUCCAACAGAAUAUGGAACACUCUUCUAAAACCACUGAAAAAGUGAUUCAGAACAUUUCCAAAGAGUUAAUCUUUAAAGAUUCAAUUGUUGACAAAGUUUUAUCUGCUAUAAAUGAGGAUUCAUUAAUAAAACAAAGGAACGAUAAGUACGAGGAAGGAAGCAUUAAAAAUAUACAAGCUGAUGUUGAAGAAUCAGAAAAACCGCUACAAGAUGAAACAUGGAUAUUGUUACCUAAUGCUUCAAAAAAGUUGCAAAAAUAUCAUACAAAUUAUAGAGAGCUCCUAAAAGAAAAGGAUAAGUUAUUGGAUUGGUACAAAGACUGGUUUACAACCCGGUUCAAGUUAAAGAAUGUAAAUCUCAAGCAGAAAAACUCCGGAGAAUUCUGUAUACAUAUUAGUGGAGGGCCUGCUAACUUGGCAGAACUAGAUAAAUACGUCGAUGAACAAAACCAAAAGUUGGGCGUUGGCGAAAAAUUUCAUAUUAUUCAACGGUCAAAACAAACAAGAUGGAUCACACAUGAUAAAUGGGAAUCGUUAUCACAACAGAUUGAGGCAAUAUAUCUUUUAAUAAAAACAGAAGAAGAACGAACUAUCAAAAGAUUCCAAAAGGAAUACAUAGACUUAAGCUCCCAAAUCAGAAGGCUUUCUCAAACCCUUGAUUAUAUUGAUGUACUAUCUUCCUUUGCUAAAUUAGCAAUUGAACAACGAUUAGUCCAACCAAAGAUUACACAAGGCACCGAUCUUGAUAUCAAAAAUGGUAGACAUUUAGUUGUCGAAUCAGGGAUGGCUCAAAGCUCCUUAGAGUCAUUUACUCCAAAUGAUUGUCGUAUUAGUUCCGGUGAACUCUGGGUUAUAACAGGCCCUAAUAUGGGAGGUAAAUCAACCUUCUUGAGACAAAAUGCGAUUAUAGUAAUUUUAGCGCAAAUUGGAUCUUAUGUUCCUUGUGAGUCUGCAGUAAUCGGACUUGUAGACAAAAUAUUUAGUAGGGUUGGAUCUGCUGAUGAUCUCUAUAAUGAGAUGAGUACAUUUAUGGUAGAGAUGAUUGAAACAAGCUAUAUCCUCAAAGGAGCUUCAGAACGGUCAUUGGCAAUAUUAGAUGAAAUAGGUAGAGGCACUAGCAGAACAGAAGGUGUUGCGGUUGCUUACGCUACUUUGAAAUAUCUUGUAGAAAAAAACAAAUGCCGUGCUCUCUUUGCCACGCACUUUGGUUCAGAACUUUCGGAUACUAUUAAGAAAACUGUUGAUAGUAAAUUCAUCGACAGUGUGUCCUUUUACAAGACAGGGAUCAUUGGAGAUGAUACCAACUUUUUCUACGACCACAAAUUGAAGCCAGGUGUGUGCUAUAUAUCUGAUGCAGUGAAAGUGGCGAAGCUGGCAGGCUUCCCAAAGGAAGCUUUGGAAAUUGCCUCCGAAGUCUUAAAGCAGAGCUAA